GCCGCGCUGGCCGGGGAGCUGGGCGGGAGGAGCUGGAUCGGGCCGCACUUGCCUCGAGGACUUCAAGAGCUCUCAGCGUCUGCUGCGACACGCGCGCUACACGCACUUCAAAACGAAGAGCUGUAAGACACCGCCCCGGGGCGGGCGGGCACCUGGGUACGCAGAGACUGCCGUCCCCCUCCCUGGGCACCCUACGCUGAGCGCGAGGAUCCCUCCACCAGCCCAUCCCCGCCGCCCCAGGGGACCCAGAAGUUCAGGCAGAGCGGCGGAGCCGGACGCCUAGACUGGGAGUGGGGCGCAUCGAGGCCGAGGCAGUGGGCUCCCCAGGUCCCCGGUUUCAGCCAGGCCUGGCGAGGCCUCCUUUCGCUAACCGGCACCCGUCCGCGGCUGCUUCUCCCCACCCCGGCCUAGGGCCCGAAUGGAUCGCUCCGCCCCGCUCCUCCCCAGCUUCUAGCUCGCGAUGGAAUAUUCCAUUGCCCCUCCGGUGCCCGCGGGCGUUGCUGGGGACGCUCGCACCGUUGCCAGGGAAAGCCCCGGACGUGACGGCUCUGCGCGACCCCGAGCAGCGCCCCCCGCGCCGUGCCCCUGCGCGCUCUUCCCCCUCCCAUCCCCCUCCCCGGCUCCGGACUAGGGAGACGUAAACAGCGAGGCCUGCGGACUCGGGUCAGGCGGGAGCAUGCUGAGGCUCCGGGGGCACAGGCUCCCCUCGCCGUGGGUCCUGCUCCUGUGGUCCCUGCUGCUGCUGCUGCUGCUGCCGCCGCCGCCCGCAGUCCCCGCGCCCCACCGGGCUUCCUACAAGCCAGUCAUCGUGGUGCACGGGCUCUUUGACAGCUCAUACAGCUUCCGCCACCUGCUGGAAUACAUCAACGAGACACAUCCUGGGACGGUGGUGACCGUGCUCGAUCUCUUUGAUGGCAGAGAGAGCCUGCGGCCCCUGUGGGAACAGGUGCAAGGGUUCCGAGAGGCCGUGGUCCCCAUUAUGGCAAAGGCGCCUCAAGGGGUGCAUCUCAUCUGCUACUCCCAGGGAGGCCUCGUGUGCCGGGCCCUGCUCUCUGUCAUGGAUGAGCACAACGUGGAUUCCUUCAUCUCCCUCUCCUCUCCGCAGAUGGGACAGUAUGGAGACACAGACUACUUGAAGUGGCUGUUCCCGACCUCCAUGCGGUCCAACCUCUACAGGAUCUGUUACAGCCCCUGGGGCCAGGAAUUCUCCAUCUGCAACUACUGGCACGACCCCCACCAUGACGACUUGUACCUCAAUGCUAGCAGCUUCCUGGCCCUGAUCAACGGAGAGAGAGACCAUCCCAAUGCCACUGCGUGGCGGAAGAACUUCCUUCGCGUGGGCCGCCUGGUGCUGAUUGGGGGCCCGGAUGAUGGUGUUAUUACUCCUUGGCAGUCCAGCUUCUUUGGUUUCUAUGAUGCCAAUGAGACGGUGUUGGAGAUGGAGGAGCAACCGGUUUAUCUGCGAGAUUCCUUUGGGUUAAAGACACUGCUGGCCCGGGGAGCCAUCAAGAGCUGCCCGAUGUCGGGGAUCGCACAUACGGCCUGGCACUCCAACCGCACCCUUUACGAGACCUGCAUUGAGCCUUGGCUCUCCUGAAGGUGGUCACCCCGCUCUGGCCAGAAGUCCCCAGCCCAGAGACCGAGCUGUGGCCUUGGAAGACGGACAUCAGGCUGUGGCACGCCUGGGGCCUCCUCAUUGCUCCCACACUCACUGCCCUCCCCCCCAGCCCCCUACCCUGCUCCUCUGUGAAUGAUACACCUCCCUGGCACGCCUACCUCACGCCAGCUGUUUCGGGGGGGCACCCCCCAGGCUGAGGUUAGGAAGUGAGAACCAGGUUUUUAACUCGUGGCUGCUGCUCCUGCUGCUGCUGCUGCCGCCGCUGCUGCUGCUGCUCCUCGGAAUCUGGUCGUGCAGGAGGAGAACCAGCCCCUGUCCUGGUACCACAGGGGUCUCCUUCCCGGCCACUCAGGACAUUUUUAGCUUCUUCCCUGUUCCCCUGUCCUCGGAACUUCCUCUUUGUCAGUCCUCCAACCCCAUGCACGUGGGGUUCCUGGGCUCCCCCAUGGGGACAGUUCCGUUAUUGAAGUGUCAGUGUUGGGGAAUAUCUGUGGCCUUUGAGGCCCAUCUCAGGUUUGGGGAUCCCCCAGUCCCUAUGAUCAGUGUUGGGGUUCCCCCUGGGAGCCUAGUUUUGAGGCCCCAGCCCUUCUUUUAACCCUUGAAGGGGUGUUCUCCUAUAUUUAUGGAAAUAAAGUCCCAUUUCCUCA